GACAACUUUGUCGUGAAUUGGUGCUGUAUGAAUAAAGCUGUAUUGAACUGGAGUAUUUAAAGUCUUCCAGCAGACGGCACCAGAAUGAACCUGUUCCUGUUCGUCUCUUUCUCUCCCUCCAUCAGAUAAUUCCACAUUUCCAACCAUCUCAUGUUUCCAAGUUUUGGCCGACAUGGCAGAUCCACACGCCAGACACGCAUACACGGCCUGACCUGGUUGGACAUCAGCCAAUCCCAUCAUGCACACACAGUUAAUCUUCCCGGUUAAUGAGCAGCCUUUUGUCUGUUUGAGUGGUUCCUGAAGAGAUUACUAAGGCAGUCGGACAUCUGCUGGUUAACAUCAGCUUAUCACACGAGCUUCCGGCCCUCGUUCUGCUCCAUGAGUGGCUUCGUGGCUUCGGACGGAGGCGAGCCUGCAGAGGUGACCUGCAGCUUCUAGCAAACAGGACCAAAGAAGAAACUAAGAGACGCAUGAAAACAGGAGUGUUCACUGGUCCGAAGUGCCUGACGAGAAGAUGAAGAUGUGGACUAAAAACAGACCAAGAUGAAAGUAAAGUAGAAGAAGAAGGGAAGACAAAGCCAGGAGAAGGAGGAAGAACAGACUUUAAGAAGAGGAAUCGAUGAGGAGAUAAACUCUGAGAUCUGCUCUACAGCCACACACAGAGGAAGCAGGAAUUUAUGCCUUUGGAACCAUGGAAGAUAACCAGUGUGUGCUGGAAAAUGGAGACUGCGACUCUACACGACAGACCAGUGACAUCACCUUCAGCGCCAACAUUAGCCCCGCCCACGGCCUGCAGAGGAAGCAUCUGCUGUGGCAAAAAGCAGUCAGGAACAUCAUCGACCAGCACAACCUGUACUCGUUGAGGCUGGCCGGAGGGCUGGAGAGGAGCCGGCACUGCAUCACCGUCACCGAUGCCUACAUCGCCGACAUCAACAGGCAGAUUCGCAGUAAGACAUCUCGAGGAACUAUUUGGCAGAAGCGUCGUUCAUCAGCAGCUCGUGUUCAUCCAAUAACACAGAGAGUUUCCAGGGAGACACAAACAACACAAAAGUCUCUUACCGAUGCCGACUUCUUCGUAUCGAGUGGAUCGACAGUUCGAGGCCUCUUCCUCCCCACACUGCAGCACACAUUCAAGUCUGCAGACUUGGAGCAGCUGUACCAGCAGUUUUCCUCGGCUCAGAGAAGAACCUCGCUGGUUGUCACCAACAUCGUCGACAUCCUCACCAGAUUGUUUAUAUCACUGCUGACGUGGCCGGCAGGCUGGGGAGGUGUGGCCUGCAACUGGCUAACUGGCCUAUCGGUGGUCCUGUGGGCGGGGAUCUGCGUGUUAGCGCUGACUAAGAGGGAUGUGAUGUCAUCAUCACAGGUGCUCAGGUCCCUUUCUGUGGUCAGCUGGGCGUCUCAGACUAUCCAGAUUCUGGUUGGUGUUUUCAGCUGGGCUGAUAGCCAUCAUUCCUGGUAUGUUUUCUUCUCUCUUUUCUCCACCUACACACUUCUGCCCCUCCCUCUCCUCUGGUCCAUCGUUGCUGGGACAACAACCUCCAUCCUGCACCUAAUGGUGGAUGUCUGCUCUCACUACAGUGACACAACAUUCAUUCGAAAGGUGAUGUCGAAGGCCUUGCUGUAUCUGGCUAUGAACACUGCCGGUCUUUCCAUUCACUACCUUUCUGACCGGACUCAGCGGCAGAGCUUCCUGGAGACCCGACGUUGCAUUGAGGGACGAGUCCGCCUGGAGAGGGAGAACCAAAGACAGGAGCGUCUUGUGAUGUCCAUCCUACCCCGCUUUCUGGUUCUGGAGAUGGUUGCUGACAUGACCACUGUGGAUGAAUUUCUUCUGCCUCAGCAGUUCCACAAGAUCUACAUCCACCACUACAAGGACGUUAGCAUCCUGUUUGCAGACAUCAUCGGCUUCACGUCUCUCUCUUUGAUUCUUUCGGCUCAGGAACUCGUUAAAACUCUGAACGAGCUCUUUGGACGCUUCGACAAGCUGGCUGAGGAGCACCAGUGUUUGCGCAUUAAGAUCCUGGGUGAUUGUUAUUACUGCGUCUCAGGAGUCCCGGAGCCUCAACGUGGACACGCCCGCAGCUGCGUGGAGAUGGGCCUCAGCAUGAUCGGUGCCAUAAGGUAUGUACGUCGAGAGCUGCAGCAAGAACUGGACAUGCGGAUUGGUGUCCACUCGGGCUCUGUUCUCUGUGGUGUUUUGGGUCUUCAGAAGUGGCAGUUUGACAUCUGGAGCUGGGACGUGGACAUUGCCAACAGACUGGAGGCUGCAGGAAUGCCUGGGCAGGUUCACAUCUCUCAGGCCACUCUGGACUGUCUGGAUGGGAUCUAUGAGACGGAGGAGGGGCGUGGCCAGGAGCGCAGUGAGUUUCUUCGGAAACACAACAUAGACACAUAUCUGAUCCGUCCGGCUUUCAGGGAAGAGUCCAAGCCGCUGAAAGCGAGGCGUCCAAGCUACGAUGAGAUGACGACGUGGAGCGCUGAGCUGCCAUUUGGAGACAUCCUGGGGAUGAAUUUUAUCCUCGCCACUUUCACCAAUGGCUCUCUGACCCAGCUGCCCAAUCAGAUUGCAGCUCAGCGGUCGGGCUCGCGGGAGGUCAACAAGAGAAUUCGUCAGGCAAUAGAAAUUCGAAGCAGUGAGCGAAUGAGGAAGGAACACAUCACCACCUUCACUCAGGUGUUCAAGGACUCUCAAAUGGAGGGAAAGUAUUCCCAGAUGAGAGACGAACUCUUCAAGUCCAACAUGGUUUGUUCCUUCAUCCUGCUGGUGCUGCUAAUGCUGGUCCAGGUGCUGAUUCCUGCCCCGAGGUUGUGUCCGAUGGUGGUGCAUUUCAUCAUCAGCGGUUUCAUUUAUUUCCUGCUCCUGCUGAUUACUUUGGGGGAGGAGUUUAAGCAUUGUCCCGCCCCCUUGCAGUCUCUCUGUUGCUGGGUUCAUGAAACCAAGAGCAUGCGCACACUGCUCACCCUCACCGCCGUCACCAUCAACUUUGGAAUUGCCACCAUGGACAUCCUGUGGUGUGAUUCGUCAGAUACUGGAAGCUCUCUGGUGACUCCGCCCACCCCCGCCUGGUCCGACAUCAACAUCUGCACUCAUUCACAGUACAUGGUGCUGAGCGGUGUGGUUGCCAUGGUUACCUGCACAGUGUUCCUCAGGCUAAGCUGCGUGCUGCAGCUGGUGUUUCUCCUGCUGGCCGCCAUCUUCUAUAGCUACGUCAUCGAGACCCACAGCUCCCAUCACCUGUGCAGAAGAGGAGUGUGUGUGGUCCUCCUGGUGAUGUUUGUGGCGGUGGUCCUCUACAACAGCAGACAGCUGGAGGCAAUGGCGCGGCUGGACUUCCUGUGGCGUCUGCAGGCGAGGAAGGCGGUGGAGGACAUGAAGGAGCAGAGGGAGCACAACGAGUGUCUGCUGCUGAACAUCCUGCCCGUGCACGUGGCGCAGCACUUCCUGGAGAGAGACAGCAACAACGAGGAGCUGUACGCUCAGUCCUACGAACGAGUCGGCGUCCUUUUCGCAUCUCUGCCGGGAUUCUCCGACUUCUAUGAGCGGAAGGAGCUCGUUCAUCAGCACGUAGAGUGUCUCCGCCUCCUCAACCACAUCAUCAGUGACUUCGAUGAGCUGCUGGAUGAAUGUUACUUCCAGGCGGUGGAGAAGAUUAAAACCAACGGCAGCUCCUACAUGGCAGCUUCUGGUCUGUCACCUGACGGACAGGAGUGUGAGGAUGGCUGGCAUCACCUCAGUGAGCUGGUGCUGUUUGCUUUGGCCAUGCAGGAGUCACUGAAACACAUCAACACACACAGCGGGAACGACUUCCAGCUGAGAGUCGGUAUCGCUCACGGCCCGGUGAUCGCAGGCGUCAUCGGCGCAACCAAACCUCAGUACGACAUCUGGGGCACCACGGUGAACAUGGCGAGCAGGAUGGAGAGCACCGGGGUCAGAGGGAGGAUCCAGGUACCAGAAUCUACUAGCUGUAUUCUGGUGGAGCGAGGCUUCCUACGGCAGCUGAGAGGGGACAUUUACGUCAAAGGCAUCAGUGAACGUCAGGGAAAAGUUCGGACCUUUUUCGUGAGCAGCCAGGACGAGCGGUCCAGCUACGUGGAGCGAGGCGGCAUGCGGGGCUUCGGUCUGAACAGGAACACACUGGGAGCUGUGGUCUACGGCCUGGUGCAGGCGAAGAAGAGGGAAAAGCUGAGGGAGGAGAACGGAGGCUUUCACCUGGUGGAGGCGUCGUAGCAGGAGGGCAGAAUCAGAUGUUCGUCCACAGACAAGCUGAAGUUCAACCAUGUCCAGCAUCAUUUACAAACCCAGUUUAUUCCCAGAAUGCCUUUUAUAAAAACUUCUUCUUUUAAAUCCGUGUGCAGUGCAACAAACUGGACUUCAUAACUUUCCUCACCUGGACGGAGGAAACUCCAGCACCUGUUUCUUGUUGAGGCCUUUGAAGGACAGAAGAGAAACCCUGAAAUGGCCUCAUCUUCAUUAAAUAACUUUUAUAUGUGAAAACAGCGAGGAAAAGAUGCUAAACUAUAGCUUUUUAAUUACAGCUAACUUGAGGCUCAUUUAUGCUCCAUGUUAAAUACGUACAUGUAUACAGACGCUGUUCAUUUCCUGAGUAUUUCAGCAUGUUGUCAGAGAGCUUGUACAUGAUUACCCAAAUUUAGCAAAUGUAGUAGUACCACCAGCAUCAUGGGGGCAGCACUGAGCAGUAGAAAUCAUGUGAGACCAGCGAAAGAAGCAUAAAAGAAGAAAUAGCAGACCUUACUGAAGACAGCCUGUAUGAUUGUGUACAAAACAUAUUUCUGAUACCUCGCUUGUGCACAAGGACAGAACCGUCACCCUGUUUGUUAUCGUCUGAAGUGGACGUCAGAACUCGUAAAUGAACUCUGAACUCCGCACUGCCCUCUAGUGGAUGGAUUGGCUAACAACCAUGACAACGUAAAGCACACAUGGGAGUGAGUGGGCAGAGACG